GCAAGCAUAGCCAGCACAUCGCCGACGACCUCGCCAACUCCGGCCGUCGACGCUGCCUCCUCGCUGCCGACCCUGCAGUUCUCGCCGGACCAUAAGAUCAUCAUGCUCGAGGACGACGAGGCCAUGGUGGGCCAUGGGCCGAAUCGCGGCAGCACCGUGUACCACCCCGAGACCGCGCUCGAUGUGACCGCGCUGCGUGCGAACCGGCGGCCUAGCCACCGCACGUCGAUCGUCGAGAUGACCGAGCGCAUUCCACGCUUCGUGCUCGGCUUCGCCUACACGCGCAACUCGUUCUUCGCCAAGAAGCUGUUGCUCUUUGGCCUCAGCAUCCUCGCGAUCGACGUGCUCGCGAUCGUGUACUACUACCAAACGAUCGACAAGAACUUUGGCGUCACGACCAAGAGCGCGGGCUGCAACGACUGGGUCGAGUUUGCCUUCCUCGUCUACAGCACGGCGCCGUUCAUCCUGCUCCUCUUCCUGCCAGCGACCGGCAUCCGCGCCUUUGAGCUCUUUGCGCGCAAGAACCGGUCGCAUUUCGAGCCGUCGGCGAAAGUCAAGUUCAAGGUCACGCGCACGUGGUACCUCCAGUUUUGCGAGGUCAUUGCCGUGCUGCUUCUACUCUACAGUCUCUAUCUCUUCCUCGUCGCCCUCGACAUGCUGCUUGGCGACGAGACGUUCGAGUGCAACGUGCCUGCGCCGCUGCUCUACUCGUGCAUCGCGUUUCUGAUUUUUUCUCGAUCCCCGCGUACAUUGCCGUCUUCACCCGCUUCCGCGAGCACAUCAAGAUGCAGCUCGGCGCGUACAAGGAGUCGAGUCAGACGGGCGACGUGCGAUCCCACUUGGCGACAGCCAAGAGCGCCAAAGGCCGGCUUCGCAAGGCGCUCUACAAGGCCGCCGAGCACUGCAACCUCGACGCCCUCGAAGACGCGCUGCACGAAGCUCGCUCGCUUCUCGGCUCCAAUUUUGCGCAGCGCAUGUACGCGUCCACGAAGCUCCAUUUUGGCUUCUGGUCCAUGUCCAAGAAGAACCCGGUGCACGUGGCGGCCGGCCUCGGCGACAAUACUGCGCUCGCCGCGCUCAGCAACGCCGGGUUCGACCUCAACGCGCUCGACAAGGUCGCCCGUGUCCGCUUCAGUACGUCGGACCUCUUUUGGUUUUUCGCGCGCUUCAUUGUGUCGCGGCCGUGGGUGGCCACGGACGGGGACCGCCACAGCAAGGCGACACUUAUGUCGCCGCUGCACUGCGCCGUCGCCACGUCCCAAGUCGAGACCGUUCGGUGGCUCGUCGAGGUCAAGAAGGUGGACGUCAACAUCAUGUCGCAGUCGCCGUUCCGGGCCGACCGCCUUCCACCCCUCUUCCUCGCCGAGCACCCGAAAAUCGUCGAGAUUCUGCUCUCGGCGGGCGCCAACCAUCUUGCGGUGCCCGAUCCGGGAUAUGUCAACUGCAUCACCGCCCUCGAGCUCGCGUACCUCCGGGAGAACUACGCGGUCUGCGCCGUGCUGGAAGACUGGGGCAGCGACGUCGCGCUCACACCCAUGCACUCGGCGGCCGCGACCGGCAACAUGACCAAGUUGCAGCAGUUUCUCAAGAUGCAAGUAGACCCGAACUGCUUGGGCGAACACGGCUACAUUGGCGUGAAAUGCCGCACGCCGCUGCACUGGGCAGCGAUCAACGGCCAGUGGUCGUGCGCGUCGCUGCUGCUCGCGGGCGGCGCCGACCCGGACUUCCAAGACGACCUCGGCCGCUCGCCGUUGCACUGGGCCGUGCGCAACAACAAGCUCGACGUGGUCCGCAUCCUCGUCGACCACCAUUGCAACGUCAACCUCCUCGACAAGAAGGGCAUGACACCGAUCAUCUGCGCCGCGUUUGCCGAGCGCGUGGACCCCGAGUUGCUCAAGUUGCUCGUGGCCAAGGGCGCCAACAUCAACUACCAAAUGAAGUCGAACGGCGACUCGGCACUGCACCUCGCCAUCAAGCACGAGAAGCAAGAAACCGCUAUUUCACUCGUGAGCUGCGGCGCCAACAUCAUGUGCACCAACAAUGCGAGUUUCCGAGCGAUCGACAUUGCCACCUCGACCGCGCUGCAAUUCGCCAUCAAGUCGGCGGCCGGGCACCGCGAUGUGAUGAUCAGCUACACGCAUUCGCACGCCGAGUUUGCGCUCAAACUGCGCAAGUCGCUCGAGGCGAGCAACAUCACCGCGUGGCUCGACACGAUGGACCCGAGUGGCAUUGGCGGCGGGUCGGUCUGGCGCGAAGAGAUUGCAAAGGGCAUAGCGAACGCGACGCUUCUCGUCGCGAUUCUCACGGACGACUACACCAAGUCGGAGUGGUGCUUGAAGGAGCUCGCGUGCGCCAAGCAAGUGGGCACGCCGGUGUUGCCCAUCUCGACCGAGCACGUGCGCUUGAACGAAGAGCUGCAAGUGUACCUCUACACGCGGCAGAUUGUGCCGUUUGAGCCUGCGAUCACGGCCAUCAACAAGAAGAACCCGCGCAGCAUCACGUACGCGUACAACGACGACGCGUACAACACGCAGUUCCGUCUCCUCCUCGACGGAAUUCGCGACGAAGUCGAGAAGAAGCGCAAGCAAGUGGCGCUGCGGCCCAUGGAGACGAUGAGCCCGACGAACGGCGGCGCGUUCGAGAACCACAGCCUUGCGUUUGGCUUGAGCAGCCCGAGCAGCACGAGCCCGAGCACGUUUCAGGACACCAAGUUCGUGUUCAUCGCCCACGGCGACUGCCACCGCAACUUUGUCAAGCGCCUGUACCACGAGCUCACGACGACGCAAGGCGUGGCUGCCUACCUCGACCUCAAGACCAAGAACGACAUGGCGGCGCGGGUGCAUGCGGCGAAAGAAGCGAUGCUGCGCUGCGCGUGCGUCAUCGUCGUGCUCUCGAGCAAGAGUGCCAAGAACGAGAUGCUUAACGACCAGCUCGCCUUCGCCGAAGACAAGGGCAAGCCGAUCUUCCCGGUCGUGCUGCACACGGAGUUUACGGCCCUGCCGCCCAACCAAAUGUACUCGCUCUCGCGCGCGCCGAUGCACCAUUUUGCGCUGGACCUCGGGUUCACAACGUCGUUCGACCAGCUUUUGCACGACCUCCGCCCCCACGUUGCAGCCGAACGCCCAAGUCUCGUGGCCGACGACGACGAUGAUUAUGGCAUUGUGUAA